AUGGACGAGGUUCACGAUGAGAUAAAGGAGGAGCUCUCCCAAACGGAAUUCGCAUGCCCAUCACUCAGCCGACUAUCGGGCGGCACGGCGAACUUCGUAUAUCGGGGCAAACUGGCGUCUACGGGGGAAUCGAUCGUCAUCAAGCAUGCCAAAGAUUACCUCGCUAGCAACAAAAGCUUCAACCUCGAUAUCACGCGUUGCGAACAUGAGAUAGCCAUUUUACGGGCCCUGGACAGCCUAUCACCCCAUUCAAAAGAUGACGUGACAGUCAAAACACCACGUCUGUUGUACUCCAAUCAAGCGACACACACGCAAGUGCUUGAGGAUCUUCCCAACUCCCUUGACCUGAAAACAUUUCUUCUCUCCGGGGACUCUGGUUCCUUAUCGGAAUCAUCCGCCCUGGCAAUCGGUCGCGCGCUUGGCUCAUGGCUACGCUCGCUUCAUGUCUGGGCGGCUGAGAAGGGGCAGGCUUCUUCCGAGCAGUUCUUGCGUGAGAACAAACCGAUGCAACAGCUGAAGUUCUAUGCCAACUAUACGUUGUUGGUCGAAAGUGUCAGUAGCUUCCCCGCCAUUCUGGAGGAAAGCCGCGGCAUCUUUGAACAAGUUCGCGAUCUAGCAGCAGCGGAACUGGAGAGGAGGGUUCAUGACGAUGAAUAUGGGGUCAUUCAUGGCGAUUUCUGGACGGGAAAUGUGCUUGUUCAAAGAAGUUCACUGGACACAGCAGAAGGGUCGACAAACCUAUUCGUUGUUGACUGGGAAUUGUCUCAAGUUGGCAAUCGGGCUCUAGAUCUCGGUCAAAUGAUUGCUGAACUUUAUGAGACAAAGCUGUUCAAACAUCUGGACAUUGGGCUUCAGAUCAUCCAGGGCUUCACGGCAGGCUAUGGACCGAUCAGCGAUGAAAUGGCUUUCCGCACGGCAAUUCACGUUGGUGUGCACUUGAUUUGUUGGGGAAGCAGGGUCCCCGGGUGGGGAAGCCAAGAGCAGGUUAAGGAGGUGGUCAAGGUGGGGAGGGAUAUCAUUGUCCAAGCGUGGGCGAAAGAAAAGACGUGGUUUGAAGAAGGUAGCCUUGGCUGCUUGUUUGCGAUUUGA